UGAUUCACAUCGCGGUGAGAGCAUUUUCUUAUACAUACGGGAUACAUAAUAUAAUGCACACUGAUGCACAUAGUAGGGCUAAAAAACACAGGUACAGAUAAGUUUUUCCUCUUUUCAAGCAGUUUGGAGUGGGUAAAAAUAUUGAAGUGAAAACCGGCGAAAUGCCAAAACGAGCUAAAUCAUCGUCAAUGGAGACAUGUCGGAUUUGUUUGUGUGAUAAUGGUGUUAUGACAGAUAUAUUCACCACUGAAUUACGUGGAAUGAUCAAGGAACUCGCCGAAAGUACCUCCAUUAAUAUUGAUGAAAAUGAGGGAUAUCCAAGAAGUAUUUGUCAUGUUUGUCUUUACAAACUUGACAUGUGGUGUGAUUUCAAAGCACAAUUUUUGCGAAGCAAUAGGAUCCUUGUGCAGCAAUUAGAAGGCUCUGAAUUAUCAGAUCAUAUUAAAAAAAUGCGACCAGGAGCAUCCUUGAGGAUGUCGCCCGUUAAAUUGGACGACAAUCCGAUAAAAAUGGAAAUCUCCCCAGAGCCUUCUGAAAAUCUUUUGGACUCUCUGCCCACUCCUCCAGGAAUGCUGGAGAGUGCAUCGGAGACCAACUCCCAACGAAUGCCAAGUCCAACCUUAAAACCUCGGUCCUCCAAUGGUAGACGAACGUCUGAGCAGCGUUUAGCCUCUACUCAACGUUGGGAAGCUCGUAAAAAGGCUCUCUUAGCAGCCACCGGUGAGAAUGAUUCAGAUACAGACUCAAUGGCAUCAGACGACAAUCAGCUAUCUCCAAUUCAGAAAGCAAGGGCUAAGAACAAUGCGGAGAAGGAAGCAGAGAGACAGAGACGAGUAAGUAAAGCAUGCCACAAUCUUCAACAAGAAGGAUCCCUGGAGAUCAGUGCAACCGACACCUAUCUUCAAAAAUCUUCAGAAGAUAAUAGUCAAAUAAAACUACUUGACAAAACCGAAGACUUUGUACCACAAUCCGUCCAAUCUGAAAUCAUGAUGAGAGAUGCAACAUAUGUGGUAACUUCCACACUAAUGUUAACAGAUCCCUCGGCCAAUCAGAACCAUUUAAUGAAAGAAAAAGGAUCAGAAGAUCUACCAAAUUAUCAAAACACUGAUAUUAUGGAUGCGGUUAAAUUGAAACGUGUCAGUCCACUAUUAAAAACCACUCAGAAUGAUAAAAAAUUGAUUGAGAGAUGUUUGAACAUUGAAGUGGAAGGAACAGAAUUGCCAACACUUCAGAAAGUUCAAACGGAGUUGGCUAAAUUUAUUGAAAUGGAGGUAAAACAAAAAUUGAUGAACAAUACUCCAAUAGAGGAGAAGAUUGAAUCAAAGCCUUUAGAUAGUGGACGUACUCUGGAGCAGAAGUUGAAAAACUUGAUUGAAAGAACUCUUAAGAAAAAUAUUGAAAAUUCUAGAAUGAAACGUGUACCCAUGAGCAAAAUAACAGCAGGUGAUCGAAUGAACAAGACUUUUUCUUCGCACUUCAUCAAAGCUGCUAUGAAAUCUCCAUUGUUUCAACCUAAAGUUUUGCUGAGGCGAGUUGCAAUACCCACGGUAGAAAAACGCCAGAAUUCUCCGAGAAAAGUGAAAGAAAAAGUUCGCAAAACUCCGGAAUUUCUUUUUGAUGAUACUAAACUUUUGGUAACGCCAUCUCGAAAAACUUACUCCGUGAAAAGUUCUCACACUCCCAAUAUAUUGAAGUGCUCUCGAACUGACUCAACAGCAAGUAUAAAGCCUGAUGAUUCAAUCAAAACCCCUGAGAAUCUCGAUUUGCAUAUCGAUAAUCACAUAUGUGGAAUAUGUGGUGCUAUUUUUUCAUCAAAAGCUGAAAUGGAGACUCACCAUGAGUGCCAUACAUCCACCCCUAGUUCUGAGGUGAAGCAUAAGAUGAUGAGAUGUAAAAGAUGCCAAGAAAUUGUUGAAGCAAAAUUCGUUAAAACUCACGUUUGCAAAACAAGUAAAUACAAGUGCGAAAUUUGUAAUCAAGUUUUUAAGAUUCAGAGUGCAUUAGAUGAGCAUUUGCAAGAGCAUAAUGAUCAUCAAGUGGACCCCCAUAUUUAUCCUGAUCAUUCACUUCCUAUAUCACAAUCGGCUCCAGCUGUUGUAAACCUUGAUGGAGGGAAUCAGGGAGCUUAUUCUUGUUUCAUUUGCGACAAGAAUUUUACGAAUGCAGACGUUCUGAAGGAUCACAUUCAGACACAUUGUGACAACAUGAGUGAGGGCGAACAGGCACAGAGUGAAAGGGUGUACCAGUGUGCAAUAUGUGGUGAGAUCAUGGAUUCUGAAUCUACCCUGGAAAAUCAUGUGGAGAAACAUUUGUACGACGAUGAGGAUGAUAAUCCCAAUUUGAUUAAUAUCGAGGGACUUAUUCAGGUGCAAAUAGAUAAACAUAUAACCAUUGUUCAACCAUAG